CCGAUGAUGCAGCUGGUUGUUAAGUUGGCACUUGGCAUACGUGCCCACUACUCGAUCUGCCUGUCACCGUCGCCUUAAUUAAAAGAUGAAAGUUAUGGUAUCGCCACAUCUUGGCUCUUGCAAUGGAGUAGGAGAUCUCAUGGAGUAGUGGCAUUUGACAACACCCCAGCCACCACCACCAAUCUCCUUCGUCGGCGGGUCUGAUUCAGCCAAGAUGAACGAUCUGAUGAGCGACUCCUUCGUCGGCGCCGCUGCAGCAGCGGCCCAGGCCAAGAGGCAGCAGGACGGCGUGCCUGCCGCCGGCGCCGAGAAGCUGCAGGCGUUCUUGGCAGAGGCAGAGGCGGCCAAGAACGAGAUGGCCGCGCUGCGCAACGAGCUUUCCCAGCUCCAGUCCGCGCACGAGGCUUCUAAGUCCCUCCUCCGCCCCGGCGCGCCCCGCGCCGCCACGCAGGCCGCGCUCGUCCGCCUCCUAGGCUCCGCCCGCCGCCUCCGCGCCCGCCUUGCAUCCAUGGACCGCCGCGCGCCGGCGCCCGCCGCCCACGCCACCCCGGGCCUCCGCGGCCGCCUCCAUGACCUCACCGCCGGGGUCCAGACCCUCCGGCGUCAGGUCUCCGCCGAGCGCCGUGGCGACGCGGCCCGCUGCUACCUCGCCGCGGCCGGCGAGGCCCCCACCGAGGACCAGCUGGAUCGGCUCGUCGCAAGCGGCGGAGCGGGCGCCAACGACGCCGACGAGGCGAUGCGGGCGGCCAUGCUGUCCUCCUCCGAGGCUGAGAAGGUGGAGGGUGGGCUCCUUGAGCUGCAGCAGCUGUUUCUCGACAUGGCCGCGCUGGUCGAGUCCCAGGGCCCACUCUUGGACGACGUGGAGCGGCAUGUCGCAGCGGCAGCGGAGGACGUCGGCGCGGCCGAGGGGGAGCUGCGAGAGGCCCAGCGGCUCCAGGGCGCCGCGCGGCGGAGGAGGAUGUGGUUGGGCGGGGGGCUCGCGGCGCUGCUGCUGGUCGCCCUCGCCGUGGCGGCCGUCGUGGUGGCUCUCGCUCUGUCGCGGCGCAAGGGCGGCAGUGUGCAGCUCGCCGGUGCCGGUCUGUCUGGCUUGAGUGAAUUUGCCAGUGUUGGUGUGUUUCGUUUUCUUGGGUUGUGAACUUGUGAUGAGCCCCGCGCUCGGUCUUUUCGGUUUGCACGGUCCGGUCUUUCGAUUUUUAAGAAAAAACGGUCUGAAAUUAUUUCGGUCU